AUGGUUGACUCGCUAAAUGUCCCUGCAAUCACAAAGUUCUCUCAUCUACAGGAACUUGUAGAGCCGCAUAUUCGAAGUGCAAUUGAUUGUCUGCCAUUUACUGAUGAAGGGUAUAAGCGAGCCAUGAAAUAUUUAAGAGAUAAAUACGGUCACCUGAUGAAGUUAUGGGUCUUAUGCUACCAAUAUUAUUGAAUUGCCAUUUCUAGCUGACUCUCAGCGAGAAGUUCCAAAAAUACAUAGAUUUUACGAACAGUUGCUAUUUAAUGUUGAAAGUCUUGAGACACUCGGGGAAACUUAACACUAUCCUUUACCAGCAAAUUGUUACUAUAUAUAUUAUAAGACAAUAUCUUAAACUGUAGUUGUAAAUAAAAACUGUAUAAACUAUGAAAUUUGCAAGAAUUUAUCAAGAUGAUAUUUAACAAAUAUAAAACAUUUUCCGUGUUGAUAUACAGUUAUAUCAACACAAGUGGAAAUUGGGAAAAUGAGAAAUUGUGUGGAAACACGACGCCUGAUGGGCGGCGUGUUUUCUCACAAUUUUGAGUUUUCCCAAUUUCCACGAGUGUUGAUAUAACUGUAUAUCAAUACAGAAAAAAAUGUUUUAUAUUUGUUUUAUAAUAUAGCACAAAGAAACAUAAAGAAAGAAAUUUUCCGACAUUUCCAUGUUGACAUUGAGUUAUAUCAACACAGCUCUUAGCCAAUCAGCAUUCAGAAUUUACAAAUGCUAUAUUAUAAUAAUUCAAUAUAUUAAAACAUUUGACAUGCAAAUCGAAGCAUGUAAACUUAAAACUUUAUUUGCCAACAUUUGGCACUCUAAGCCUCAGAACAAAUUGUGGUUUCCACUUUCGCAAUAAAUAGUACUUCAUGCAGGCUAUCAUGCCAUCUGAUCUUGUUGAAUAUGAUUUCAGCCAUUUUUCUGAAUUUUUGUCGUAACAUAUUUUUUAUUUAUUUUUAACAAAAUAAGAAAAGGAACAUGUUCCUCAUACUCGUUACAUUUGAAGUAAUUUUAACCUGUAAUUAAUUACGUUUUUACAAAUGUAACGAACAACAUAAUUAAUUACAGGUUAAAAUUACUUCAAAUGUAACGAGUACACAGUAAUGUGUUACAAUUGUAACAAGUAUUUACAGCCCUGACUGCAACAUACCAAGUUGCAUGUGUUCCUUUUGUCAGUCUAUACUACCUAACAUAUCCCAAGUUUUUAUUAAAUUGCAGUUCCUUUCCUUGUGUUUUCUAGAGAAUAUGCUCUGCCGUCGUGUACACAGGACGCCUCCAUGCCUUCAUCUGGCCAGCAGCCUUCCUCUCCUUGUCCUGUUGAGUCGGAGCAACAUCCUUCAGACGGCCCAUACAUUGGAUUACCCGAAUUGGUUUCGUUUCCUCACAAACUGUAUCGUUUGCUCACAAACUGUGCUGCCUGA